AUGGGGUCAUCCGCGCAGGCGACUCCUGCUCCCUCCCGCGUACUGAAGCGGUCAACACCAAGUACACAGAAUAUGAACAAGAACCAAAGGUCCAUUUUGGGGUUUUUUCAACCCAAAUCAUCACCCUCGGCACCCUCAUCCUCUCAGCGAAGUUCCAAUGCGCCAGCAUCUUCUCCAUCUGGAACCAGUCCACGCAGCAUAACUACCACCAGCUCGGUGAGAUCCAAAUUUUCGAAACAGAGGCUAGAUGACGAUCAGAAUAUCACUCCAGUACCGAGUAGCGAUGCAAUUGAACCUCCCGAAGAAGAUACACCGACCGCAGUAAGGAAAAUAUCUGCGGGAAACCACGAAUCCUCUACCUCAACCACUCCCACUAGACGGGCGAGGACCGUGGUUAAAAGUUAUGAAGAAUCUGAGGAUGAGGAUGUUAUUCAGCCAGCGAGGAGAGGCGCACGAGGCCGAUCUCAGAAGCGAAGAAGGACCGGAGCCCACAGUAGUGAUGAAGACUGCUUCAAGCCUGAUGAUGAAGACGAAGACAAAUACAUGGAUGAUACCGAUGACUUUGUUGUCCCGGACGAUGAUUCAGAAGGAGAGGUGAAGUCAUCUAAGAAACGGAAACGUCCUUCUAAGCCACCAUCUAAGAAAGAAUCGAGCAGCCCACCACCAAUACCUGGUGAUGAUGUGGAUACGGAGAUCCCUCAAUGCACGUCUGGCUCGACUCAAAAAUGGCGCUAUGACCCCGAUAAUGUAGAGCCAUAUCAACCCCAAAAGCCACGGGCCAAAUCAGAGACACGCCCCAGUAACAAGCCAAAAAAGGCCCACAUGACAGAGCCGGAGAAUCGAUACCCAUGGCUUGCAAAGAUUAUGGAUAUGGAUAAAAAUCCACUUGGUCAUCCCGACUAUGACCCUCGUACUUUAUACAUUCCUCCUCUAGCAUGGACGAAAUUUUCGCCAUUUGAGAAGCAGUAUUGGGAGAUCAAGCAGAAAUUUUGGGAUACCAUCGUGUUUUUCAAGAAAGGGAAAUUUUACGAGCUAUACGAAAAUGAUGCCACUAUCGGCCAUCAGCUUUUUGAUCUCAAACUCACGGAUAGAGUCAAUAUGCGUAUGGUCGGGGUGCCCGAAAUGAGUCUCGACCAUUGGGCAAACCAAUUUGUCGCAAAGGGUUUCAAGAUCGCCCGUGUGGACCAGUCGGAGUCUGCGCUGAGCAAAGAAAUGAGAGAACGCGAAGAUAAAGGCAACAAAGGCAAAGCACAAAAGGAAGACAAGGUCAUAAAGCGAGAGCUAGCAUGCGUUCUUACCACUGGCACGUUGGUAGAAGGAUCAAUGAUCCAGGGUGAUAUGUCUACAUACUGCGUGGCAAUCAAAGAAUCUAUCAUUGAUGGCCUACCAGCCUUUGGUAUUUCGUUCGUCGAUACAGCCACAGGACAGUUUUUCUUAUCUCAAUUCGUUGACGAUGUGGAUAUGACAAGAUUUGAAACCUUUGUUGCUCAGACCAGGCCCCAAGAACUGUUACUUGAGAAGUCUGUCAUGUCUACCAAGGCCCUCAGGAUAUUGAAGAACAAUACCGGUCCAACUACUCUCUGGAAUUACCUAAAGCCGGGAAAGGAGUUCUGGGAGGCCGACGUCACUGUUAGGGAACUUGAUGCUGGCGACUAUUUCGUUUCAGGAGAAGGAAGUUAUGUAUCAGGCUGGCCUCAGGUACUGCAGGACGCUCGUGAUAAAGACUUAGUCAUGUCAGCAUUGGGAGCUCUUUUACAAUACCUCGAAAUGCUAAAGAUUGGACGGGACCUCAUCACGAUAGGGAAUUUCACCUGGUACGAUCCAAUCAAGAAAGCAUCCAGCCUUGUGCUGGAUGGGCAGACUUUAAUCAACCUUGAAAUUUUCGCAAACACAUACGAUGGCAGCUCGGAAGGGACUCUAUUCCAGUUACUCAACCGCUGUGUUACACCUUUUGGUAAACGGUUGUUUAAACAAUGGGUUUGUCAUCCCCUGAUGGAUACCACGAAGAUCAACGCCCGGCUUGACGCUGUUGAAUCUCUGAAUGCAGAUAGCACUGUUCGUGAGCAAUUUUCGUCACAGUUAACUAAAAUGCCGGACUUGGAACGACUUAUAUCUCGGGUUCAUGCCGGCACAUGCAAAGCUCAAGAUUUCGUUCGUGUGCUUGAGGGUUUUGAACAGAUUGAGUAUACGAUGGGACUUCUGAAGGAAGCUGGAUCCGGCUAUGGGUUGAUUGGUCAAUUAAUCUCUGCCAUGCCCAAUCUGAAUGGUCUCCUGAAAUUUUGGGAGACAGCAUUUGACCGCCCUAAGGCUAGAGAAAGUGACAUUUUAGUUCCAGAGGAAGGUAUCGAGGAAGAGUUUGACGCAUCAAGAAAGGGCAUUGAGCAAUUAGAGGACGACUUAGAGCAGGUGCUACACAGGACCAGAAAGGAGUUGAAAUGCUCUACCAUUGUUUUCAAGGAUAACGGUAAAGAAAUUUACCAACUCGAAGUCCCAAUUAAGAUCAAGAACAUACCAAAAUCCUGGGACCAAAUGUCCGCCACUAAACAGGUCAAACGAUAUUAUUUCCCAGAGCUAAGAGCAUUGAUUCGGAAACUUCAGGAAGCUCGGGAGACGCACGCUCAGAUUGUAAAGGGUGUUGCUGGCAGGUUUUAUGCGCGUUUCGACAAAGAUUACUCGAGUUGGCUCGCAGCUGUGAAAAUAAUUGCCCAGCUUGAUUGUCUGAUCGGAUUGGCCAAGGCUUCCACUGCGCUAGGACACCCAAGUUGUCGUCCUAUAUUUGUCGAUGAUGAGCGCAGUGUACUUGAUUUCCAAGAGCUCCGCCAUCCGUGCAUGAUGCCCAAUAUCGGAGACUUCAUUCCCAAUGAUGUCAAACUUGGAGGAGAUUCAUCAAAUAUCAAUCUUCUUACGGGUGCAAACGCAGCAGGGAAGUCUACAGUCUUACGAAUGACUUGCACUGCCGUUAUUAUGGCACAAAUCGGCUGCUAUGUUCCCUGUGAAUAUGCUCGUCUAACUCCUGUGGAUCGUAUUAUGUCCAGGCUUGGGGCUAAUGACAACAUAUUUGCUGCUCAAUCCACCUUCUUUGUCGAGCUUUCUGAGACCAAGAAAAUUCUUUCCGAGGCAACACCUCGUUCCUUGGUCAUAUUGGACGAACUAGGCCGCGGAACUAGCUCUUAUGACGGUGUUGCUGUGGCACAAGCAGUACUUCAUCACGUCGCUACCCAUAUAGGCGCCCUAGGUUUCUUUGCCACUCACUAUCACUCACUUGCGGCUGAAUUUGAGGGACAUCCUGAAAUUGCUGCUCGCAGAAUGCGAAUUCACGUCGAUGAUGCCGAAAGACGCGUGACAUUCCUCUACAAGUUGGAAGACGGCGUCGCUGAAGGCAGUUUCGGAAUGCACUGUGCCUCAAUGUGCGGUAUUCCGUCCAAAGUGGUGGAAGGCGCAGAAAUUGCUGCGAAGCAAUGGGAACAUACUAGUCGUAUGAAGGAGAGUCUAGAGAAACGAAAAGGUGGCGGACUAAUUGGUCUGGGUUGGUGGAGUGAUGUCUCCUGGAUCUUGAAGGAGUCUAGCCAAGGUACCGAUGAGACUACUACCGACCGUGGGGUUGAGAUCCUCCUCAAGGCCAUUGAAGCGUUAUGA